CUGUCCCCUAAGGCCUCUGCUAAUCAGCCGUCUCAUCCGCUCAGCAUUGAGAAAAGGAUGACUAUCACACUUAACCUUGAUGAGAACGCGUCAAACGCGUCUGUUCGGCGGACACUGUCCACCUUGUCAUUAUCCGUGGCUAAAUGCAAGAGAAUCGUAGUCGUGACUGGGGCUGGAAUAUCGUGUUCCUGUGGCAUUCCAGACUUCCGAUCCUCCGACGGCCUCUAUGCGCUGGUCAAGCAGCAGUACCCUGACGUCGUGCUGAAGGGACGUGACCUAUUCGACGCGUCGCUAUUCCGCGACCCCACUUCGACUUCCGUAUUUUACACGUUCAUCUCCCAGCUGAAGCGCUCUAUUGACGUGGCGUCGCCUUCACCAACCCAUCGCUUCCUCAAAACGCUGGAGGCGAAGCGCAAGUUAUUGCGGUCGUAUACUCAGAAUAUCGAUGGACUCGAAGAGAAGGCUGGUCUUCUUGGGAGCUCAAGUAAGGAGGCAAGAACGGAUGGUAAGGGAAAGGGGAGGAUUAAGGCGAAGGAGGUGCGGAGCGUGCAGUUGCAUGGCGAUAUUCACCGUGUGCGGUGCACAUUCUGCUCAGCUGAGUUUUGCUGCGAGAAAGAACACCUGGAUUUGUUCAAUACAGGUGUUGCUCCCGACUGUCCAGAAUGUGUCGCUCGAUCCGAAGCUCGCGUCGCUCGUUCCGCACGUGCGUUAAAAACGGGCAUCUUGCGACCCGCCAUCGUUUUGUAUGAUGAACCACAUCCUCUCGGCGAUGACAUCGGCACCAUCCAGUCAGCAGACAUCACGCGUAAACCGGAAAUGCUCAUCAUCAUGGGCACCUCACUCAAAGUACAUGGUCUCAAGAAACUUGUCAAAGACUUCGCUAAGGCGGUACACGACCCCACUUCGUCUCUCUCCUCUACGUCAUCAUCCCCAAAGAAUGGGAAAAGUCUUGCGGGCAAAGUCAUCUUCGUCAACAAGACAGCACCCGGAAGCGAGUGGGAUGGUAUUAUUGACUAUCAUGUCGCGGGGGAGACAGAUGACUGGGUUGAAAAGGUCAUUGAUGAGUGGAAGAAGAUGCGGCCUGCGGAUUGGGAGGUACAGAAGAAGCUUGUUGCCGUUGGAGAACCAGAGACAGCGGGCACUUUCAAGGUAGCGAAGGACAUCACGAACACGAUCGGUGCCGAACAAAAAGGGGCCAAGAGGAAACCAUCUUUGCGUCGCGAGAAUGCGCCACCAACAAGCGAUACUACUGCAAUUUCUCCCGCAUCCUCCUCUCCUGGUAAACGUCGUCGUACCGAUGGUCACUAUGAUGAUCAAUGCAACUCGUCCAAGAAACGGAUCGGUGGUGAGCGAGAGGGGAGGGUUGUUUUCGAAGAGCGAGGGCUGCUCUUCGGCAACACUACCAACAUCAGGCACGAUGGCGACCGGGCCGACUUCAAUCUUGGAGAGUUACCUGCUGUGAAGCCCCGCGGUGCUGCGACGAGGAAAAGAAAGGCAAGGGUGGAGGUGGAGGUGGUCAUCGACAGACGGCCGAAUUCGCGGAAAGUCAGUACGACAGAAGUUGUCCUAUAGAGGGCUUUCCCCACUUGUCCUCAUGUAUUAUAUUUAAUACCACUUGUACGAAUUCGCUUACCGAACAUCUGGCCAUAGGCUUCGAUUCUCAAGAGUAUGCGCUUCC